CGGCAUGGCGGCACAGGGCGAGCAGCUGCUUUCAAAGCCUCUUUACGUAUUCGACCUCCCGGAAGAGAUCCUCACAACAAUUACACUCAGAACCCAACAUCUUCGCCCAGUCCAAGAGCUACCACACAAACACGAAACCUCAGAACAAGACUCAUCUGACCGAUCCGGGUCCGAAGAUGGCGCGCCGGCGAAAGCCACUUCUUGUAACCUUUGCGGGCUGAGCUUUGCGACAGUCGCAGACCAGCGCAGCCACGUCCGAUCAGAUCUCCAUGGAUACAAUCUAAAGCAGAAGUUGAAGGGCCUCAAGCCUGUUGGAGAGGCAGAUUUUGAGAAGCUCAUCGGCGACUUGGAUGAGAGCUUAUCUGGAUCAGAGUCAGAAGAGUCAGAAGAUGACGUGGUGGACGAGGGAAACAAAACCAAGGAGUCCACUUUGAGCGCGCUGCUGAAGAAGCAGGCCAAGAUUUCUAGUACGGCGUUCGAUGAGUAUACAUCGCAGAAGAAGCAGCGUGGGUCAGGCAAACCGCCUAUGCUGUGGUUCACAUCGCCGUCUUUGCCGGCCAAUACCUCUUUGGGAAUAUAUCGAGCAGUGUUCUCCGAAGCAGAGCAAGAAGAGGAAGCGCACAUUGUUGAGACACUACGCAACAAGCAACUUCCGCCCAUGCUGCCACCGAAGCUGAACUCUGACGGGGGGAUUCCUCUCCCAAAUACGGAUAUAGGACCUCAUUAUUUCCUUUGUAUGAUUGGCGGUGGCCACUUCGCCGCCAUGGUAGUUGCACUAGCACCCAAACUUGCGAAAAGAGCAGGAAUAGAGGAGCGAUCAGCAACUGUGGUUGCACACAAGACUUUCCAUCGAUACACUACCAGGCGCAAACAGGGUGGCUCACAGGCAGCAAAUGAUUCAGCCAAAGGUGCGGCACAUUCGGCUGGUUCUUCGUUGCGUCGAUACAACGAAGCAGCAUUAGUCUCAGAAGUGCGCGAGCUCUUGACCAGCUGGAAGGCAAUGAUUGAUUCUGCCGAGCUGAUCUUUAUUCGCGCUACUGGCACUACCAACCGACGAACUCUGUUCGGACCCUACGAGGGACAGGUGCUCCGCAACAACGAUCCACGGAAUCGCGGGUUCCCUUUCAGCACACGGCGUGCGACGCAGAAAGAGUUGAUGCGUUGCUUCGUGGAGCUCACAAGGGUGAAGCAAAGUACCCUGGACGAAGCUGCACUUGCCGCGUUGAACGCACCUCAAACGGAGACAAAAGCAGCAGCUCCCCCGUCCCCAAAGCCUUCAAAACCUUCGAAACCGACAAAAGAAGAGGAGGAAGCUGCCCUCCACACCACCCAGAUUACGUCCAUAAUCAAACGCUGCAAGGUCCCAGCCCUUCUCAACUACAUGAAAAGCAAUUCUAUCCCGCCAUCAUUCACUUUUCUCCCCGCCAAUCACCACACCCCAACACCGCUUCACCUUGCAGCUUCUUUGAACUCUGUACCCAUAGUUACAGCGCUCUUAGUAAAAGCUGGCGCCGAUCCCACCAUUAUGAACGAUGAUGCUCGCACCCCGUUCACACUAGCUGGAGACCGCGCAACUCGCGAUGCUUUCCGGCUCGCUCGCUCUGAACUUGGAGAAUCCGCUUGCGACUGGGCUGCCGCAGGUGUCCCUUCGCCACUCAACAAAUCAGAACUCGAACAACGAGAAGCACGUGAGAAGUCGGAAAAGGCGGAAGAAGAUAAGGCAGAGGCAGCGCGUAGGAAAGUCGAAACAGAGAGGCUGAGAAAGGAGAGCGAAGCCGAAGAGGCCAAGAAGAGGGAAUCCAGGCUGGGUAAAGGGAAGGCCUUGGGCGCAGCGCCUGUCAAGUCUGGGUUGGAGAAGAGGGAGGAGGAGAUGAGGGGCUUAACGCCCGAAGCCCGGGCCAGAAUGGAGAGGGAGAGGAGAGCUAGAGCGGCCGAGGAGAGGAUGAAGAGGUUACAAGGGAAUUAG